AUGGUGGACUUAAAAUGGAAAGAGGAGAGGAAUAAUAAGAACGAGAACCUUGAGAAGCCAUGUUCAGUAGCUGCAGAAGAAGAAAAAUCAAAGAAGGAGUCAAAUCCACUGGAAGCAGCUUCGCCGACACAAACGGACGCCGACACAAACGGACGCCGACACAGUUCCGAUGGGUUUCACGCAGCCACGUCAACCAACCUCCACUCAAGAUCUGAUGGGUCACUCAUCUACUUCCAACCGCAACUGCGUAUGACCCUCCGCGAACUCUCCGAUCGGACCCAACACAGCCGGGACUCAGAAGAUGAGAGGCCAAGAAAAGAUGUGAUGAAGGGUUUGAACAAGUAG